UAUUUAUAUCGGGACACCAUGAUCAUCGGUUGCUGCUUCAUCUGUGCAUUUUUAGUGCUGAUAAACAAAGUGUGUCUGCAGGUCACAGUAGAGGGAUUUAUUGGUGGUUCUGUUGUCCUGCCAUGUUCUUCAGCAGAACGUGAUCUUAAACUUCAAGAUAUUAAUGUGCUUUGGAGAGACGAAGGCAGUGAGACUGUUUAUGAUAUAAUUAAAGGUAAAGCUUCAGUAGAGCGACAGGACCCACAGUACAUGAACAGAGCUGAAACUUUCCCUGAGGAGUAUGAGAGAGGAAACUUCUCCCUCAGACUCAUCAAUCUUAAUUACACUGAUGCAGGAGAGUUCAGCUGCUUCAUCACACACUCAUCUGGUUCUAAACAGGAUAAUGUACGGCUGUUCAUUAAUGAUUCAACAGCAGAAAAAGAUCCAGGAACACAAUCGGACUGGAAAAAGAUAUUAUUGAUCUGUGUUUGCACUAUAUUCAUUAUAUUAGUUCCCGUGAUAGCCUGUUUCAUAAUUCGCAGAAAAAGAGCUCUUGCUUCAUAUAUAGGAGGAACAGUGGCAAACUAAAGGAUCUGUUGCACAAUGCAAGUGUCAGCAGCAUCUGAGCAGCCUGUAUUUUCUGCCACCCAUGCUAACAAAUAAAUGUUCACGUCAGAAGCAGGAGUGGCAUGUCAUGCAAAAUCACAUUUUCUGUUGCAGAUUAUCUCUCAUGAUAUACUCUUGCUGAUAACAAUAUGAACUUUUUGUUCUUAAUGUAUAGCAGAAUGAGAUCUUGAAACACUGAAACAGUUUUUUUUUUUUUUUUUUUUUUUUUUGCUGUCAUUCCUGUACCGCAAGUGUGUUUGAAAGAAUAAAUGUAUUUUGAAUUUUUUAUGUAUUUCUUGUAAGUUAACUUUAUAACUACACAGUUACCAAAUCUCAUUCAUUAUUUCCUGAUUACACAUCAGCCAAUUUAAAUAUUUCUGUUUAC